AUGCCAUUCGACAACGAUUGUAGUCAUAUAUGGCUGCGCGAUUCAUCGACAUGUCGAUAUGCUAACAGUUCGUUGACCUACAGUAGGCUGUGGACCGUAUUUCAUUUUUCAUCAAUAACCCAACCUAUCGAAUACUUAACAAGUACCAUGAAAGUUCUUCUUGUAGCUAUCAUUGGCCAUAUUGUAUUCAAUAAUUUUAUAUCUGCAGAACUCGUGCAGUCAGGCAUAAAACAAGAUCGAUGUCAAACUGGUGUCGUCUGUAUGGGACAGUGCAAUCCUUAUAGCGGUGAUAUUAACUGCUCUAAUCGUAAUGUAGUUCAAGGAGUGAGGUUUUCGCAGCCAUUUACUCAGACACCUCAAGUGUUGCAUGUCGGAUUCUAUCAUAUAGAUGUGGGGGGACCUCAAGGUACACACGUUCGAUUCGCAAAGGAACACAUGACACCAUACGGAUUCAACAUUCGAUUCGUAUCAUGGAGCGAUGAUAUUACUUACAACCUGUGCGUUGAAUGGCUAGCAUGCCCAUGA